AUGGCCUCCAAGGAGCCCUCGGAGGACCAAAUAUCGCAGGUCAUCGACUUUGCGAGCCUCGACCCCCACGACGAUCGCUCCCUGGUCAUCCAGGCCCUCAAGGACAAUAGCGGCAACGUCGAGUCGGUCGUCAUGCAGUACUUUGAUAACCCCGCGAGCUUCCGGCAAAAGUUUACGCGGGCCUGGAACGACAGCAUGUUCUCCGCCGACAGGGACGGCUCCGACAAUCACACAGGAAUAUCGUUCCAUAUCGAGUCGAUGGGGCCAAACGACGUCAUCCAGGGCGUCACACCUCCCCCAGAAGGUUGCGGACCGGGCGCUCCUUCAAGACCUCCAUCAAGAUCCAACAACCGGUCCCCCCUGGGCAGAAUGGUGGACUGGACCGCUGGGGCAGACGUAUCUGGCGCCUCAAAUACCCAGUCUCGAGAAGACCAAGACAUGCAACGAGCUUUGCGAGAAUCAGCUCAGGAGGCAGGCAUCCCUCUGCCACAACAGGAAUCCGGCGUGUUAGACUCGGCGACUUCGGUGCCGUCCUUUGGCCCUGCGAAUCGCAGUGACUAUGAUCAGGACAGCUGGGCAGUGGUGCCAUCCGAGUCCAAAAUCGCCACUGCCCCCGCACCGGAGACGAGGAAGAGAGCCCCUGGGGCACCGGCCUUUCUGGUUUCGGGGCUCAGCUCAGCCGGCGAGCACUGCCUCGGGGGGCUCCUGACCAUCCUUCACGGAAUCCCCCUCUCUCGAAACAUCUUGCUCGGGACUGGCAAACCUGCAGAAUCGUAUGGCUUCAACAGCGAGUGGUGGAAGGGCCAGGAGAUUCUACCACCGCACGUCCUCAACCGACUGCAGUCCGGCGCAAUAGCGUGGGGUGAGCGGCACGGAGCAGCGCCGUCCAGCGAAGAGGAAAUCCAUAGGCUCAUGGCAUUCCUCGACUCGACCGAGCGCAGUUACGGCGCUGUAAGCGUGCUGACCGAUCUGAUACCGUUUUCCUCCGUGGGCCCCGAAAAGCGCCUCUUCGAGCAUCUUGUCCAGCGCCGAGGCGAGCUGAUGAUGCCCCUGACCCAAGUGGCCACCCUUACCCAUGUGUUGGGCGACGACGAGGGCGAGGAGGAGGCCCGGUUCGGCCUGUUGGAAGUGGAACACGUCCGGACAGAUUAUGCUAACAUCAAGACGCUGUACGAGUCUCUGGAUCACAUCAUGUGGAGCGAUGUGCUGUCUUGGAGCGAGAUGCAUGAGGGCUCCAAAAUGGCCAUGUUCAAGGACAUGGGCGACGUCAUGGUCAUCAAAAUCUCGGGAGACGGCCCGGAAGAUGCCAUCGACAUUCCCGAGGAACUGUAUCCCGAAAAGUACCUGUUGACCCGGAAAGACGAGGCGCGGCGAAUACAAAAAGGGUGGUGCGAGACGAAACAGGCCAUCCAACGCAUCGCACAGGGCGAACAGGAGCUCUACGAGUGGCGCAACGACUGGAACCAUCAAUCAUUUGAUAAGAGAGGGAUGAUCCUAAAGGUCAUCGGCCAGUGGAAGACCUACCGCGAGUACUUAGCAGGCCGGGGACGGUUCCGGGGAAUGGAAGAAUCGGGCUUCGACACAGACAAAUACCCGGACUAUCGAACAGCGCCCUGUCAGAUGGACGACGAGGAAAAGCAGCACCAUCAGGCCGUGGAAGAUGUCCUGCAGAUGGCAGAACGGGCACUGGCUGAUAUUGAAGAGAAGCUGAAAGCGCUCAAUCAAGAUCUGGAGCAGAUCAGGGCCAGACAACGCUUCCUCGGCAGACUGCUCACGGUGCCCGACAAGCCCGGCCGGCCACAACCCAUGACAUGCAAAAAAUUCCUCCUCUCCGGCAUCGCGACCCCGACCGACAUUGUUUACCUGCGGCAGCGCUCAGAACCAGAGCUGAUGGAGAUGGAGAGUCGGCCGAAGCCACACGACCAGUGGUGGAGGCUGGCAUACGCACCCAAGGAGGAGCAGCCGGUCAAGGCAGAGAAAAUCGAAUUGGAGCGGGUUCUGCGCGAGAUCUGGCAGGAGACCAAGAACCCGCUACUCGUCUAUGCCACCGACGAGGCAUUGAACACUCCGCGAGCACCGCUCUCGGCAUCCUUGGAACGCUUUGUGCGGGCUGAGAAUAAGGCUUUCCGCCAGGAGCUGAGCAGGGAGAGCAACGAGGCGGCAGAUGGACGGCCAGUGGGGAUGAUGGAGGUGAUGUCUCCAUCCAAGCGAAAGCACCGCGCAGACAGUGCGGACUCGAUGGACAGCACGAAGCAGGCUGCAUCAACGGAAAUGACGGACCUGUCGGAGCACCAGCGUGCGGGGGCGUUUGGGAGUGGCCGGACGGCGGCAGCAUCGGAGGAGAGCGACGUGCCAGGACCGCCAUUGCCCGAAAGGAAACCGGUAGAGGCGGACGGUGCCACGGAAAAUAAGGUGGCUGCCGGGGGUCAAUCGCCCAAGGCGGCGGCGGACGAUAGAGACGACAAGUCGGAUCGAGGGCCGGAGAUGCAAGAGCGAGCUCGGCCGCCGUCGUUCAUGGCGGUGCCUCAAGGCAAGGCGCCUCACGAGGGUGCGGCGCCCGGAAUAGACAUGGAGCUUCCGGAUUACCAGGAAUAG